AUGUCUCUCUUCCCACGCUUCACUCAGGAGUUUGCUCCCCUUUUCCGCCUCAUGGACGACUACGACCGCCGCGUCUUCCGUCCAGACUUGGAUGAGCAGUUCCGCUCCAUCAAGGCCUUCACUCCCAAGUUUGAUGUCAAGGAAGUCGAAGACGCCUACGAACUGCAUGGCGAGUUCCCUGGCAUCGACCAGAAGGACAUCAAUAUCGAGUGGACUGACUCUCACACACUCACCGUGUCGGGACGCCACGAGACGCUGAGGGAGGAGGGCGAGCGACCUACCGCCGCUAUCGAAGGCGCCCCUGCAAAAGACAAGCAACCGUCCGUUGAAGAGGAAGGCACCGAAGCUGAGGGUGGGCAACAACUUGCCAAGCAGGGCAGUCAGGAGGUCGCAAAGAACGACGAAGCACCCAAGCACAAAUACUGGGUUAGCGAGCGCUCGGUAGGCGAGUUCCACCGCAGUUUCAGCUUCCCGCAGCGUGUGGAUCAGGACGCCGUGAAGGCGAGCCUGAAGAACGGCAUUCUUUCCAUCCUUGUCCCAAAGGCGAAGAAUCCUCAGCCGAGGAAGGUCACUAUCGUGUAA